AUGCCACAAUGCAACUGCACUACAUGCAACGGCGCACUCGUUCCUGCGCAUGUAAUUCGCAAUCAUAAACGCUCGAACUUACUGAACGAAACUCUCCAAUCACAAAUUCACUACAAGCGCAUCGCCGGACGCAUCAUACCAGGACCUCAGUCAGAUGUGGGCCCUGUUCCUCGUGGUUUUGCUGUCUCGUUAUGCGAACCAGCUCCAUCGCUGUCACCACACUUCGAGCCCCACUUCUCGGACUCCGCAGUACUUGACUCUGGCUGUCUUAGAGAUGAAGAUCUUCGUAUCACCACCCAGGAUGAUGCCAUGCCUCACCUUGGCCCCUUUCAUAGUCUGGAGGCAUUACUUACAGCUGUCAAUCACUUUGACAAAUAUAAUUCUGCAACAGCUGCAGGAUCACGGCCACUCACGCCUCACGAUGCACAUCAUCUUCCUGCUGACCCAGACCAGGCUAAUUUUGAUAGGGAACUUCAAAGGGCUUUGGAAUAUGUGCAAGAACACCAGGACGAGGAAGAAGAGGCCGAUCCUGACAUGGAGGUUAACACUGAUGAAUACGAGGAUCUUGCAGCACCUGCACAACCUGGCGAGGAUAAUCCGGACCCCUUUCUGAUCCCAGAUGAUUUGUCUGCAGAAGAUGCCACGGACCUAACACAUCUUCCUGGUCACCUUCUCUCUAUAUAUGCACUCGUCUCAUGGCUCCACUUACAAUUUCAUCUCCCCAGGGUCACGUGCAACGCGCUGCUUACUAUUCUUGGAUUCGUUUUGCUUUCCAUUUCACCCAACAUCGAGACACCCUUCGUCACCCUUCAAUCAAGUAAUCGAGUUCUAGGCAUCGACAAGCCUAUCUACACACUACCGCACACCAUGAAGAUACCAGUAGUGAAGUAUCCUUAUCUUCCUCUCUCCCAUCAGUUCAAAUCCCUGCUGAAGAUACCUGGUCUUGAGGCACUUCUUGAUAGCUGGCGCUCCAAACCGCGUGCACCGAAUCAAUAUUUGACGGUAGUGUCAAUCUUGGAGUUGACUGGUUUUCCUAUAUACGAAGCAAUAUUGCCCCGUCGCACUCCUCAUGUCCGACCUCGUUCUCAAUAUCUAAUCUGCCACCGGAAUAUCGAUGGUAUCAAGAUACCUACUGAGUCGUGUCCAGAAGGUCGCCUCGUUCGAGUGAUACUGGUAGCUGUUGUGUGUGACAAGCCAGCCACACACAAAAUCGGCGGUUUCGCUUCUCACUCUCACACUAACUUUUUAUUGCCAGCAAAGAUAAGGCAUCUGCCUUUGAGAAGGGAGAUGUGUCCAGCUUUCAAAGUUCGCACUGAUGCUCAACACUGCGAAUUAGGCGAACUGUAUCGCAACCUGACGACGCCAAAUGCUCGCAAAACCUUUGUCAAGGAUUUUGCGACGCGCUAUACGCAGCUCUCACAUUUACCUUAUUUCAAUAUUGUCGAGCAGGUGAUCAUUGAUCCAAUGCACAACUUAUUUCUCGGAUCCUGUGGUAAACUCCCUAUGGAUAUAGGCAUGCCAUCAGGCGGCUCUCUUACAGCCGACCAAUGGCUACUGCUCUCCACUGUAUACGGUCCUAUCAUCAUUCCACAGUUGUGGUCCACUUGCCUACCCUCUGAUACUGACAAUCAGAUCUUGCAGCAACAUUUUGCGAUGAUACAAAGGUCAGAGGCGGAUAAGCAAGCCCAGGCAACUCACAAAGCUGAAGACAAGCAAGCACUUGCUGAAGCAAAAAAGCGCGGUAAAGAGGCCUUUGAGGCGGAGAAAGCACGUAUAGCCUCACAGAAACUUGCUGACGCAGAGGCGAAGAAAAACAAGUUGAGACUUACCGCCGUCAAACAGGCCGAGAAGGCACAACUCGCUGCCGAAAAGAAGGCAAGGGCAGCUCAGAGGAAGGGGAAAUGCAAAGCGACGGAGCAAAGUGUCCCAGACUUGCCUGAAGGUCAACCCUGGUCUUGUCCACCACCACGAGAAUCGACGUCCUCGACAGCUCAAUUCCUCCUGCAAGAUCCAGAAUAUAUGGAUGAUAUAGACCCGCAGGCUGACGACCUUAAGUUCUCCCUUCAUCCUGAGGAUCCUGCCAACUUCCUUAAACUAUCUGCUGUGCUUCGCAUACUAAUAAAACAUCAGCUCAGCGACGAGGACCUCGAUGAAGCGGAUCAAUUGAUUCGAGAUUACUGUACCGAGCUUCUUAAUCUUUACAGUUCAAAUGUUGUCAAGCCCAAUCAUCACUACACUACACAUGUCGUCGAGUACGCGCGAAACUUUGGACCUCUACACGACUUCUGGACUUUCCUUUUCGAACGUUUGAAUAAGGUCCUCAAAUCUUACAAAACGAACAACCAUGCGAAUGGAGAGCUCGAGACCACCUUCUUCAAGACACUUCCUCACGAAGUCGCAAAUGUCAUGAUCAAGGCAUCUAACGAGGAACGGGGUACUGUGGCAGGUUUAGCGGCACUCACAAAGGAUCUUGAUGAUGCUGUCGUCGACGCUGUUCAAAUAUAUUCACUAAGUCCACGACAUCGCAAGAGGGACAUGUCUAUGGACACCUAUAGGCUUCUUGCUCAGUCGCUUUGCUUCCGGUUUCCACACACGCCCGUUCACUGUCGCACGGACCGUGCCAUUGUACCCCAGAGUCUUCCCCUCAAUCGCCAGACGGUCUUCUUCGACUAUGUCAUUGUUGACGGGAAAGCGUUACUACGCUUCCCGUACAGUCGGAUCCAACCGCUCCUCAAUUUCCACGGAGAAGAGAAAACGAUGUGGUUCGCUCGGAUGAGAUGGUUCAAACCGUGGGGUGCUCAACUGUCGGUGUACGCCUUUGGGAAUUGGGAGAAUAUCGGGAUCGCGACUGUCAGCUGCCACUCCUUAUCGAGCCAGACUGGAUCGUUAGCCAGCUUGGAAUGA